GUUGACAAAGCAAUCGUGAAACUACCGCUCGGAAUUCAAGAAAAAAAGAAUGAAGAGAAAAAGAAAAAACCCUUUUUUAAUUAAUUAAAUUGUCUAGGGUGUGAAUAGAAAAAACAACUUUGAGAAAAGGGAAGUCAACUUAUAUUGUAUUGGCAAAAUCCAUUUAUACAAUUAUAUAAUUUUUUUAUAAAGAAUCCCGAGAUUUCAAAAACAAAAAUGUGGAAAAAUCUGCAGCUUCGGCCUGGAAAACAUUAAAGCCCGAGAUCACAAAGAUACCCGUCAAAAAAAAUAGCGGCUGCGGUCGAUCCUGCCCGAGGAUAUCGUGCUAAACUACUCAGGUCGCCGGAAAGGGUAAUGGUGGGAUUGGCAGACAGCUUCCGUCAAAGUGCAAGAAUACGGGAUUUCGGGUUGAGCGAAGCAAUUAAUCAAGCUUACGUCACUGAUUUUAGCUUUUUACUCGUACUCACUUUAGUAUUAGUAAUAGGAGGUUCGAUAUGGUGGAAUUUUUUACCUAGAAAAAUUUUAAACCAACCAAAGACAAUAUGUUCACCGGAAUGCCUUCACGCUAUUCAAGGCAAAAAUGAGAAAUCUGAGGUUUCCCUUUCUUCAUGGGAUGAAAUUUUCGAGAUGUUCAAAGAAGAUAAAUUUCUUGAUCCUCUCAAGCUGGUACCAGAUAACAAAACUAGAGCUUUAGCUAUUUUCGUCAGUGUCAUCCUUUUCACGUUGGCGCUAAUUUUUUCCGUUUCCCCUGAAGGAAUCUUGCUAAAAAAAUGCUAAUGUCUAUUAUUAAAUUUAUAUACUCUCAUCCACCCCGUGCACCUCCGAUUCGCGAUCUGCCCGAGAAAAAAAAGGGAAGAGGAAUCAACGAAGAAGACAGCAAAGAGCGGCGAAAGCGUGAGAAAGAAAUUCGACUCUCUUUAUGUUAGAAGGUGCAAAAUCAAUAGGGGCCGGAGCUGCUACAAUUGCCUUGGCGGGAGCUGCUGUCGGUAUUGGAAAUGUCUUCAGUUCCUUGAUUCAUUCUGUGGCCAGAAAUCCAUCAUUGGCUAAACAAUCAUUUGGUUAUGCUAUUUUGGGCUUUGCUCUAACCGAAGCUAUUGCAUUGUUUGCAUUAAUGAUGGCCUUUUUGAUCUCAUUCGUCUUCUGAUCGAGUCUUUAUGAAAAAAGUCAAUAUCUCUUUGUCUUUCUUUUAAUGU